UGGUCGAUUUAAAAAAUUGUUCUUUCUGAUUUUGGUAUUAAAAAAAACAUACACACAAAAACAAUAAUAAUUACAUAUUUAUUUAUAGCCUAGUGUGGUAGAUAGUUAUAAUAACAAUCUUAAUUACUUAGUUAGAUUGAUUAAUCAUAUAAUUUAUUUUUUAGAAAAAAAUGGGGAGAUGGAGAUGGAAAUAUAUAACAUUAUUAUUAUUAGUAUCAAGUAGUGUUUGGAUGAACAUGGUUGGAAAAUUGAGUGGUGUAACAAUAACAGGGCCGUCGGGGCCAGCAGUAGGGGCGGCCGCGCCCGCAGUGCCAGCCAUAUACGUGUUCGGUGACUCGACAGCAGAUGUCGGCACAAACAACUACGUCCGCAGGUGUGGAGCCAAAGCUAACUUUCCCCAUUUCGGGAUUGAUUAUCCUGGCUCCAAACCGACGGGUAGAUUUAGCAACGGUUACAACUCUGUAGAUUUUCUUGCCCAGUACCUUGGUUUCAAAGAAAGCCCACCUCCAUAUAUGUAUUUUGUAACAUAUGAUAAGAGAAACUUUGCAAGAAAUGUCCUUAAUGGCACCAACUUUGCCUCUGGAGGGUCUGGCCUUCUUGAUAUUACUGGGAAAGGCCCAUAUAAAAAGGUAGUACCAUUUUCGGAACAAGUACGACAAUUCGGAACGAUUCGUAAAGCUUACAAGAAAAUACUAGGUGGUGUGGCAGCGCAGAAGAGACUCUCCUACUCCCUCUUUCUCAUCAGUGUUGGAAGCAACGAUCUUUUCGAGCAUUUCAUCUUAAACUUCACUCGACAAUCUGACCCAAAACUACAACAAGCCUUUAUCAACAGUCUUCUCACUUCUUAUGAAAAUCAUCUGAGAACAUUGUUGAAGCUUGGAGCAAAAAGAUUGGGUGUGGUUAGUCUAGGCCCAAUAGGGUGUUGCCCUAUUCUUCGUGCUAAGAAUAAGAUUGGAAAUGGUCAAUGUUUUGAAGCUGUCAAUCAAUAUGCUCGUGCAUUUAAUCUUGGAAUUGAAGCUCUCUUACAUAAACUUAGUUCUGACAAAUCUCUACACAUGAAAUAUACUAUUACUAAAUCCUUUGACAUGACUUUGAGUCUCAUCAACAAUCCUAUUUCAUCUUCAUCAGGUUUCAAAAAUACAAAAAGUGCUUGUUGUGGUGGUGGAGGAGAUCUUAAUGCAGAAAAUGCAUGUAGCCCAAAAUCUGUAGUGUGUGAAGAUCGAAAUAGCUUUCUUUUUUGGGACCAAUUUCAUCCCACUGAGGCAGCUUAUAAGCUUGCUGCUAUGGCUCUCUAUGGUGGUGGUAAACAACAUGUUCACCCCAUCAAUAUUGGUCAAUUAGCUGCUCUUAAGUUCUAAUUCAUUACUGAAUUUGUAUAUCAAUUUUGUGUAAAUAUAUAUAUAUAGAGAGAGAGUGUGUGUAAGAUACAACCAAAAAUACUUGUAGCAAAUUGAUAAUCACUUCAUAUUAAAUAUUUAUGCAUUUGAUAUUAUAUAUUUUAGAAGUCAUGUAAGUAAUAUUACUCUCCAUUUGGAAUAAUAAUGCACUAUAAUAAUAAGUCUUUUUGGUA